AUAGUAAGUUAGAAUUUUACAUUGGUGCACUUUAAAAUUUUGUUAUAAUUAUAUAAUUUAGAUUCAGAUUUAGGAGUUAUUUUAACUUUUAAUGAUGAUAUAAUUAGAUAAUUUAUAUGUAAAUUCAUGAGUUAAUUCUAUUAUUUCUAUAAUGACACAGGUGGAUAAUUUAUUGUUUAUACGAAGAUUAGAGAGUUAGUUUAGAUUUUUUGUAAUGGUAGAUGUGGGUAAUUUUAUAGAGGGUUAUUUUAGUCUAUUUUCAUAAUGGUGUAGAUGGAUAAUUUAUUAGGAAAGAUAAUAGAUCCAAUAACUAUUAUGACUACAGUUGUCAGAUUGAUGACCGGAUGUUUCUAAUUUCUAUGAGAAUUUCUAGAAUUUUUCUAUUUUUUUAGAGUGUCCACAUAGAAUCCUAGAUGGCUUCACGUGAAGGAUUCAAAGGAGCCUCCAAUUGUAGAUGGAGUACCCUCAUCACGCCUUGGCCAACCACAACCACAAUACAAGGUGGUCUUGAACAAUUUUUGAAGACUAAUUGAACAAUUUCCAAGCAAUGAGUAGUAGAAAUCUAGGUGUUUAUUCAAAGGUUCAUGACAAACAUUGUCACCCCACAUCGAUCAGUUGGCUUGCGUGAGGCAAUAUAGGUUGUUUAGUUCAUAGUGACAUUUUUUUUUAAAAAGAAUUGCAAGGAUGAUCUGUACACAUCUCAUUAUUACGUAAAUUAAGCAUGUUGCAUAUAUAUUAAUGCAUCCCAGGAUAGUUUAACUGUAUGCAAUGCAAGUGUGUUGUUAAUUACUUACUCAUUAGUUUCUAUAGAAGAGGUGGUCCAAAUACUGACAGAUUGACUGCAUGCACUCAACGAACCAAACAUGCUAGUACUUGCAUUGUGAGUUGUGAAUAGAGGAAGUGUACACAAAUAAGAGGGACUGUAACCCACUUUGUCAUAUCAUGGUCAACGUUCUGCAACCCACUCUCAUCUUGGAGAUUACUUCAAUCUUUUCUAUGAUAUAAAAGUUGGGGUCAUUGUAUCGUCCUGCCCACCGAAACAUUUCAUCAAUAGAGCAGUGCCAGUGCGUGCGCUGGCAUUCUGAGACCAUGUCCCCUCUGGUUGCACCACGCCUUGCAUUGACUUAGAAUUCGUCAGAGAGAGAGAGAGAGAGGAAGUUGCUUCUCACCUCACUAGCGAGAAAUGACAUGUAUAUAUACUACAUACUAUCAGUGCAGGAUGCCCCUGCUAAGCCAGCGGUAUCCCAUUUUUGCUUGUCACCUCAGUAACGAGAGACGACCAAAUGGCUGGUUCCAUUUUUGCUAAGCUGCAGACUUCCGCCCCAGGAGAAGCUUUUCGUGCGGCCAUGGCUGGAGGAGCAGGAGGAGGAGGGGCCGUACCUGCGCCUCAUGUGCACGGUGGCACCGGCCAGAAGAACCUGCCGGCACAGGCUCGACACAAGAACGAGGCAAGGCCGGCGUACACCAUCCCCGGCGUCCCCAUGCCCAUCCGGCCAGCUCCGGAGCAGCCGGCAACGCGGCCAAGGGCCCCUCCGUCCCCACCUCGGCCGGGGCUCAAGGACAAGGCCAAGGCGGCGCUGCACCAGAAGGCUGGUGAGAUGAAGGACAGAGUGGAGAAAGCAUUGCACCAGAAGGUUUCUUCGAUUAUCCUGGGAAACAAAGACAAAAAGAAGUGAGACGGUCCAACUGUACGUGGGAAGCAAUCAAUUGAUGAUGUCUGAAGAUCAGCCAGGACAUAUAGUGCCAUAUAUAGUGGUGGAUGAAUAGAAUGUAGUCUUGGCUUUUGAUCAUGCUGUGAGCAUGUGUGUUUACUUAGUUCAGUAUGCCAACCUUGAAAUGUCUAGUGAGAUGAAUUGGUCAAGCAACUAAAAGGAAAUGGUAUUUUCUCGUCCUUUCUUUCCUUUCUAAUAAAAAUUCAGUAAAGCUUUUUUCUUC